CCUCAAGGUAUGUCCCUCGAAUCCAUGAUGCUUGAAGACCCAAACAUCAUCUAUUAUCCGUCCUUGGGUGUUUGGGCUUGUUCCGUACCGUCCUUGGGCUGGAUGGGCUCUGCAAAUUUUGGAUGACGGGCUGAUGUUGUGUUUCUCUUAGAUGCCGUUCGUCAAAAAGAUCAAAUCCGACGCGUACUUCUCCCGGUUCCAAGUCAAAUACCGUCGCAGGAGAGAAGGCAAAACCGACUAUUACGCUCGUAAACGACUGGUCACCCAAGCCAAGAACAAAUACAAUGCUCCCAAAUACCGGCUCGUCGUCCGGUUCACAAACAAGGAAGUCAUUGUCCAGAUUGUCUAUGCCCGUCUCCAGGGUGACUUUGUCUUGACGUCUGCGCGUUCAAAAGAGCUACCACGCUAUGGCAUUAACCACGGAUUGACAAACUGGACAGCAGCUUAUGCUACCGGUCUCCUCUGUGCCCGUCGUGCUCUCACAAAACUCGGGCUCGCAGACAAAUAUGAAGGUGUCACUGAGCCUGACGGUACAUCCACAUUAACUGAAGCGUUGGAUGAGGAGGAUGCCCCCCGGCCCUUCAAGUGCUACCUUGACGUCGGUCUCAAGCGCACAUCUACGGGUUCACGUGUCUUUGGUGCUAUGAAGGGAGCUAGCGAUGGUGGUAUCUUCAUCCCUCACUCCGACAAGCGCUUCCCUGGUUACGAUCCAGAAAGUAAGGAGCUGGAUGCCGAGGUAUUGAAGAAGUACAUUUACGGCGGGCACGUCGCUGAGUACAUGGAGAGUUUGGAGGAAGAAGAUGAUGAGCGAUUCAAAAAACAGUUCUCAACGUACCUCGCUGACGGUGUUGGAUCUGAGGAUAUUGAGGAGAUCUUCACGAGCGCCUAUGCUGCCAUCCGCGAAGACCCCACAUUCAAGCCUACGGAUAAGACAAAAGACUGGAAGUCGGAGAGCGAGAAGUACAGAACUCCCAAGCUCACCCUCGAGCAGCGGAAGGCAAGGAUCGCUGCCAAAAUCGAGAAGUUCCAGGCUGGCGGCGACGACCAAGAGUAAGGGUAUACCUAUAUAUGGUACAACAUGCUCUGUUCUGGAUAUCAUGCAUACACUGUUGCCUAUGUUUAUGCUAUGGAAUUCCCAGUGCUUUCCGUAUCUUUCCCUCGACCCAAGGGAUAAGAGAAUUAUUACGACCUGAGUGAUAUACUUCUGACUCGCCUUGUUUUGGUGUGUGUCGAUCU